UAGUUUACGUUUGCUGAUAACAGUUUUGUUUUUUACCGAUUAAAAUUUUAAAUUUAUUACCCAGUAUAAUAUAAAUAUUAUGUUAUAACAUUUGUUGUUUGACGCUGCGUGUAUAUACACACAUUUGCUGACGAUGACUGCACUAGUGUAUUGCGACAAUAUCAAAAUAACGAAAAAUAAUAAUAUCUAAUGUUUUUAAACUGAAAAAUACAAGUCCUAUCUGCAUAUUUUGAAAUAAAAAAAAUGAAGUUCUUGUUUUAUUUCUCAUUAAUAAAUUUACUGCUUACUCGACAUAGUAUGUGUUCACGUCAUUAUGACAGACAUCGUCUCUUAGAAUUAAGAUCGGAAGUGAAAGAAAUGUUUGAACAUGCAUAUCACGGCUAUAUGAAAUAUGCUUAUCCUUAUGAUGAAUUACGACCAUUGACAUGUGAUGGUGUGGACACUUGGGGCAGUUAUUCAUUAUCAUUGAUUGAUGCUCUAGACACUCUAGUUGUGAUGGGACUACAUGAUGAAUUUAAUAAGGCAGUUGAAUACAUAAAAUAUAAUGUUUCAUUUGAUGCUGAUAUCAAUGUAUCAGUUUUUGAGACAAACAUAAGAGUUGUAGGUGGACUUCUAAGUGCUCAUAUGCUGUCUCAUAGAGCUACAACUGAAUUAGAAAUUGGAUGGCCGUGUAAUGGACCACUGUUACGUAUGGCUGAAGAUGUAGCUAGAAGAUUAUUACCAGCAUUUGAUACCCCUACUGGUAUGCCUUAUGGAACAGUUAAUCUUCGAUCUGGUGUACCUGAAGGCGAAACAACUGUAACUUGUACGGCAGGAGUCGGUACAUUCAUAUUAGAAUUUGGAACUCUUUCUCGGCUAACUGGUGAUUUUAUAUUUGAACAGGUAGCUUUAAAAGCUCUUCAUUCAUUGUUCAACCAUAGAUCUAAAAUGGGAUUAAUGGGUAAUCAUUUGGACGUGGCUUCUGGAUUAUGGAUUGCACAUGAUUCAGGCAUUGGUGGUGGGAUUGAUUCAUAUUUUGAGUACUUAGUUAAAGGCUCUCUACUAUUUAACCUACCUCAUCUAAGAAGUAUGUUCGAUGAAUUAAGAAAACCUAUUGAUAAGUACUCAGCUACUUCCACAGGAUGGUAUUUUUGGGUGAACAUGCAAAAGGGUCAAGUAACAAUGCCCAUAUUUCAGUCAUUAGAAUCAUAUUGGCCAGGGCUUUUAAGUCUAAUAGGUGAUAUAGAUAUUGCCAUGAAAUCAAUGUCAAAUUAUCAUGAUGUAGUUAAAUUAUAUGGUUUUACUCCUGAAGUUUACAAUGUUGUCAAUCAAGAGGCUGCUAGAGAUUCAUUCCCAUUACGUCCUGAAUUAAUCGAGUCUGCGAUGUAUCUGUACAAGGCAACUAAUGGAGACCCUUAUUUAUUAGACAUAGGUAGUGACAUUCUACGCUCCAUUCAACACAGUAGUCGCACACGAUGUGGAUAUGCCACGAUUAAAAGUUGCAAGAAGCAUUCUCUUCAAAAUAGAAUGGAGUCGUUUUUCCUCGCUGAAACAACUAAGUAUCUUUAUUUACUUUUCGACCCUGAUAACUUUAUACAUAAUGAUGGAAGCCAUGGUAAAGUUUGGAACACAGCUGGUGGCCGCGAAUGUAUAAUCGAUGCUGGUGGAUACAUUUUUAACACAGAGGCUCAUCCUAUAGAUCCUGGAUUAUUGCACUGUUGUUACAUAGCUGACAACAACGAUUGGUCGCAUCGUCAACAGCCAAAAUAUCAACGUUUUAUGAAAUCGUCGUUGGUAGUCGACAAAAAAAAAGAAUCAACCAAUCAAGCUAAAGACACCGUGACUGAAGAGAACAGCAAUUCUGCAAGUGGUCAUGGUUUCACCGUGGACGAGAGCAGCGUUUAUUGGACACAACAAACGCACGAAGAUCAACGACCACAGUUCAAAAACGACCAUCAAAAACCAACAUUGGCUGCUGAUGCGAUUUCCGGAAGAUCACCGACAAUAGAAUCGUUGCAACCACCGCCGAUGCCGCCUCCAUCGUCACGACCUCCAGUGAUUUAUCGGAUGGACGACCAACUGCAGGACAACAAGAAAAAAGAGAACGAUGGAGAAACCGCUGACGAUAGUGACAAACAGUUCGAGACUUCAAACCAAUUGCAAGAGAGUGCUGUAAACCUAGAUGUUUCCGGUUCGGUAACGGCGGUCGAUUCGAACGAUUUCCACGACUACGAUGACGGUUUUAAAGAUUUAUCGUCUUCUGACCGCCAAUAUCAACAGUCGACGUCAGUUGACUAUGAUCGCGAUCGCAACGCCAACGGUGACGACGAAAAUUGGAAAGCCAAACAGCACCGUUGGACAAGUGAAAAACUGCAACAGGACGACGAAGACGCCUCGAUGACCGGACAUGACGACGGUGACAACGGUUAUCAAGUGCUCUCAUGCCCGGCGACGAAUAACUUUUACACACAUUACCGGUGGUAAUGUCGGGCUGAUGAAAAAAUGUCUCACCUAGUUAAUCUACCUGGUAUCCUUGUUGAUUUAUUUAUUUAUUAUUAUGAUAUUUUGAUAAUUUUGUUGUUGGACCAAAAAAUAUAAUAUUAUUAUUAACACCGCAUAGUUUAAUAAUAUUAUAAUACGUAUAUAAUCGGAUUGUAUCUAUCUACCUACCUACCUGUUCUGAAUAUAUCGUAAUUAUUGUUUUAUUUAUGUAUUUCAUAC